CCAGCAUCUCCUUUCAUGGAGAACUUCCAGAAAGUGGAGAAGAUCGGGGAGGGCACCUACGGCGUGGUCUAUAAAGCGAAGAACAAAAUCACUGGCGAGGUGGUCGCACUUAAAAAAAUCCGCUUGGACACGGAGACAGAGGGGGUCCCAAGCACAGCCAUCCGGGAGAUCUCGCUGCUCAAGGAACUGAACCACCCCAACAUUGUCAAGCUACUGGAUGUGAUCCACACUGAGAACAAGCUCUACUUGGUCUUUGAGUUCCUACAUCAGGACCUCAAAAAGUUCAUGGAUUCUUCAUCUUCCAUCAGUGGCGUAGAGUUGCCCCUUAUCAAGAGCUACCUAUACCAGCUAUUGCAGGGCCUUGCCUUCUGCCACUCUCAUCGUGUGCUCCACCGCGACCUUAAACCACAAAAUCUCUUAAUCAAUGCUGAGGGAGCAAUAAAACUGGCUGACUUUGGGCUUGCUCGGGCGUUUGGUGUGCCAGUGCGAACUUAUACACAUGAGGUGGUGACCCUCUGGUAUCGAGCUCCAGAAAUUCUCCUUGGCUGCAAAUACUACUCAACAGCUGUGGACAUAUGGAGUCUGGGUUGCAUCUUUGCAGAGAUGCUAACCCGUAGAGCGCUCUUCCCCGGGGAUUCGGAAAUCGACCAGCUGUUCCGCAUCUUUCGCACCCUGGGCACGCCGGACGAGACCGUGUGGCCAGGUGUCACCUCCAUGCCUGACUACAAGUCCAGCUUUCCCAAGUGGGCCCGGCAGGACUUCAGCAAAGUGGUGCCACCUCUGGACGAGGAAGGCAGGAAGCUUCUGGCACAAAUGCUGCAUUACGAUCCGAACAAGAGGAUCUCGGCCAAGACCGCCCUCAACCACCCCUUCUUCCGAGACGUCACGAAAGCCGUGCCACACCUUCGGCUGUAAGAUGGAAUCAGGGCCAGCAAACCUGCCUGGCCGCAUGUGCUGCAACAUG